AAAAUAAUAAUGUUGAAGAAGAAAUAGCUUAUAACCAAGCUGUUACUAAAAGCUUAAAUAAUUUGGAUAAAGAAAACACAAAGAGACCAGAAACAUAUGAUGAAUGGUGUAAAGAAACCUCUAAAGUGGAAUGUACUCUUUGUAAAGAAUGUCUUUUACCAAUCAAUAUCAAAGAAGAAAGAUCAGAAGAAGACCUAGCAAGAGGAAUAUGUCAAGAAUGCUAUACCAAAGAAAAAGGAAAUGCUAAAGAAGAACCUCCAAAAGACUACUUCUUCCAUGAACCAAUGACAACUGAGCAAGAACAUAUAGAAAAAGCACUCUCCAAAGUAGAAAUGGAAAACCAAAUACUUCGACAACAAGUAGACCAAGAACAUCUUAUAAAUUUAAUAAAGUAUGAAGGUCUAAAGAAAAUGAUCCAAAGAAUAGUAGGAGUAAUUGAUGAAUCAGUAGACUCCAUCAAUGAAAAAGCAAGUGCUAUAGUUGAAAGAGCUCGACAAGAAUUAAAAGAAUUACAAGAAUCUAGACUUCCAACAGAACAACAAGCAUUUGAAGAAGCAAUGCAAAGAGGGCGAUCACAAACAAGAAGAUCACCAAGAAUUACAGUAACAACUAUAAUCGAAAAUAAUGAUGAUAUGGAAGUAGAAGAAAUCUCCCAAGAAGAAUUCCAAAAGAAGAUUCCUAGCAGAACAAAUUCUGCACCACCAUUUCUGAGAAUAGAAGAUAAACUAUUUGGAAAAAGAUAA